AUGACGCCUGGCGGGCGGAGGCCCGCCCGGUACCCCGGGACGCCUGGCGGGCGGAGGCCCGCCGGUCCCCGGGGACGCCCUUGGCGGGCGGAGGCCCGCCCGUCCCCGGGACGCCUGGCGGGCGGAGGCCCGCCCGACACCUGGCGGGCCUCUGCCCGCCCGUCCCCGGGACACCUGGGGAGCCUCUGCCCGCCCUGUCCCCGGGACGCCUGGCAGCCGUGCCCGCACCAUCCCCGGGGCCCUGGCGCCCUCCUGCCCGCCCGUCCCCGGACGCCUGGCGGCCUCUGCCCGCCCGUCCCCGGGACGCCUGGCGGCCGCUGCCCGCCCGUCCCCGGGACGCAUGGCGGGCCGCAGCCCGCCCGUCCCCGUAGCCUGGCGGGGCCGCAGCCCGCCCGUCCCCGGGACGCCUGGCAGGCGGAGGCCCGCCGGUCCCCGGGACGCCUGGCGGUGGAGGCCCGCCCGUCCCCGGGACGCCUGGAGGCGGGCGGAGGACCCGCCCGUCCCGGGACGCCUCCCGGUCGGGCGGAGGCCCGCCGGCCCGGUCCCCAGGGACGCCUGGCGGGCGGGCGGAGCCCGCCGGUCCCGGGACGCCUGGCGGGCGAAAGGCCCGCCGGUUCCCGGACACCCCUGGCUGGCGGAGGUGGCCCGCCGGUCCUGGGAUGCUUGGCGGGCCUUGCCCGCCCGUCCCGGGACGCCUGGCGGGCCUCGCCCGCCGUCCCUUAA